AUGGCUCCGAACCCUACUGCCAGGCAGCCUCUUAAACUGCUCAUGCUGCACGGCUACACUCAAUCAGGCACCCUCUUCCACGCCAAAAGCCGCGCUCUGACAAAACACAUUCAAAAGGCCUUCCCUCUCCAUGAAGUGACCGCAAUCUAUCCAACUGGCCCAAUGCGCCUACGCCCAUCUGAAAUCCCAGGCCACGAACCCUCCGGCCAACCCGACGACGAAAUCGAAGCCUACGGCUGGUGGCGGCGCUCAAACACCGCAAACCCACCUCUCUACACAGGGAUCGAAGAGGGAUUCGCAGCAGUUGCACACACACUGAAGACCGAGGGACCCUUCGAUGGCGUGAUUGGAUUCUCGCAGGGUGCCGCAAUGGCAGCGAUGGUCGCUGCUCUCCUCGAGGGACGGAAAGAGACAUUCGAGCACUUUGCGACUGUGACUGAAGAUGGGGCGACGGGGAUGGAAGUCCCCGCUCCGUUUGGGGAGCAGUUCCAUCCGGCGUUGAAGUUUGCGCUUUGUUAUUCUGGGUUUAGGGCGCCUGGUGUGCGGUAUAGGGGAUUCUAUGAGCCUGGGAUUGCGACGCCUGUUCUGCAUGUGCUUGGGUCUUUGGAUGCUGUUGUUGAGGAGGCGAGGAGUCGGGCUUUGAUUGAUGCUUGUCUUGGGGAGCCGGAGAAGGAUGGUUCGGUUGUUUGGCAUCCUGGCGGUCACUUUUUGCCUAGCCAGCGGCCUUACUUGGAUGCUGCUGUUAGGUUCAUCAGGGAGCAAUUGGAGGGUGGGAAGAAGAAGGUUGAGGAGGUGGAUGUUAAUGACAUGGAUAUGCCGUUUUGA